AUGCUUAGACUUGCGAUGGGGUUGAAGGUAGUUGUGAAGUGUGUUCCGCGGUUAACGGAUCACCACUGAAGAUGUUGCGUUGCGGAGUAUUAGUUUUGGCUUUGGGAGCCAUUGUGGCUCUGAGCAGUGCCAGUAGCAUUGCUUAUGACGGUUACAAAAUAUUUGAGGUUGUACCCCAAACUAAGGAGCAAAUUGACUUUUUGUUUGAUUUGUCCAAAUAUGAAGACCUCUAUGAUUUCUUUGCCCUAAAGAAAAUCCCCAAUCAUGUGGCCCGUGUCAUGGUUAAUCCCAAUGAAGAGGAGAAUUUCUUGACGGCUUUGGCCUCUUUGGACCUGUCACCCCGUGUGAUCAACGAAAAUGUUGGCAAGACCAUUGAAAGGGAAUUCCAGUUGACCAAGUUGAAGCGCAGUCUUUCACCAUUCACCGGCAAGGGUCGCUUGAGCACUGAACGUUAUUAUUCUCAUGGUGAAAUCAAUGCCUACAUUGAGGAUUUGGCUGAACGUUAUCCCGCUCGUGUUGCUGUCCAACAAGUCGGCAAGUCGUACGAAGGUCGUGACAUUAAAACCAUUACCAUUUCAAAUGGUGAUGGUCGUAAAAACAAGAAUGUCAUCUUCAUGGAUGGUGGUUUCCAUGCCCGUGAAUGGAUCUCGCCCGCUGCCGUUUUGUAUGUCAUCGACCAAUUGGUGGAGAACUUCGAGGAAAACUCUGCUCUUCUUGCUGACUACGAUUGGGUUAUUUUGCCCGUUGUCAAUCCUGAUGGUUAUGAACACACCCAGACCGGAACAUUGGCCCGUAUGUGGCGUAAGACCCGCAAGCCAUAUACCUAUUUGGGUAAGACUUGUUAUGGUGCUGAUCCCAAUCGCAACUUCGAUUUCCACUGGAAUGAGGAAGGUGCAUCCAACAAUCCCUGUGUCGAUACCUAUGCCGGACCCAAGGCUUUCUCUGAAAAUGAGACAAUGAUUGUGCGUGAUCUUUUGCAUUUCUUGAAGGGACGUGGUGUUAUGUAUCUGACCAUUCACUCUUAUGGCAAUUAUUUAUUGUAUCCUUGGGGCUGGACUGCUGACUUACCCGAAACCUGGCCCGAUUUGGAUGAAGUUGCCCGUGCUGGUGGCGAUGCCAUCUAUGAGGCCACCGGCACUGUCUACAGCGUGGGCUCAUCCACCAAUGUCUUGUACAUUGCUGCCGGUGCCAGUGAUGAUUAUGCCUUCUAUGCCGGCUUCCCCAUUUCCAUUACCAUGGAAUUGCCUGGAGGUGGCUUGACCGGUUUCGAUCCUCCAGCAUCGAAAAUUGAUCAAUUCGUCACCGAAACCUGGAUUGGUAUUCGCGCUAUGGCCCACAAAGUUGUUGAGAAAUAUCCCACCGAAAGACCAGAAUUUUUGUAAAAACAAAAAACAUUUGCAACAAAUUAAAUGUUUUAAUUAAAUUCCAAUAACAAAAAAAAACAUAA